AUGAGCACCGCAGCUAAGGAGAAGAAACGGGCAGCCGACCGCGAAGCCCAGCGACACAAUCGCGCUCGAACCAAGGCCUACAUCACCUAUCUGGAAAAAACACUCCAAGACCUCUCAGGACCCGAUGGACAAGACAGCCUAGGCGAACAACUUGCCCAGCAGCAAGAAAAAAUCCACCAUUUACAGGAAACAUUGCGCAAGAUAGCCAAUCUAGCCCAAGACACCACAACGCCUGUCUCCAAUCCUUGUGCAUCGGAUCAACCGGGCCAGCAUCUUGAUCCAAGGCAAGCUCUGGCUGAGGACGAACCCCUGGCCAGCGGAAACAGUGUACUGCCCGCGGCAAAUGUAUUCUUUGGUAUGGACCUAAUUUGCUCAGAUCGGGAGAGGAACUAUCUUGCGGUGCUGGGGAGUGCCGUGAACUUUGUGCAAUACUGUUUGCCAGAUAUGUCAGGAAACGAGGCUUUAACCCCAGCAUACGACGAUGACUUCUGCGUUCGUGCAGUCGUAGACGGCUGGAAGGUGGCCACAAAUCGGUCCCCGGUUGAUGUGGUCUGGAGCCUGCUUCAAGCGAUAGACGAGGGCUUAUUCUACCGGACCGAUCCCGUUACCAGAAUUGCUCUGCUGCGGAUUAUGAGAUCCAUGCUACUGACUAGAGUGGGUAUUUCCCACAAAACUUCAUCUCUUCCGGAUUAUAUGCUACCCACGCCACAAUUUCGAGACUACUGGAUCUUGAACGGCAUGGAAAAUGCCUCCGAGCAGUGCGCUGCUUCGUUUGGCGCCCGCGUCCGUUUUCAGUGGCCGUUCGAACUGCGAGAUGUUUACAAAAGGAUGGUUUUGACCGACACGUUAUCAUUUUCUGCUGAGUUUGAGAGUCGAUACAACGAUUUGACUAGCUGGCAACUCGAUACAGAGAGUGAUUGGCUGCAGUGGUCGUCGGAGGCUUGCCAAAUGCUGGCGGAAGCACCAUCAGCCGACAAGCAACCGUGGUUCCCCACUCCGCAAUGA